CGUCGCGUCACUGGGACCUCUCGCGACUUUCUUCUCAUCGGCGCCUGUCUUGCUUGCACCCCACCCGCACUGUCGCACCCCACCGCGAAGGCUGUGUCGAGCUCCCGCCUGCAUCAUGGCCGACGACAUUGUCAUCGACAAGGACCUCUUCCACGAGCGCCUGGGCAACUUUGUCUCCAAAUGGAAGACCGACAAGCGCGGCGGUGAUCAGCUUUUCCAGGGCGCAGGCUCCAUCGCGACUGUCGUGGGCAAGGCGAGCGAAUCAGGCAGCUACCUGAAGCCCGCCGCCUUCCAGCUAUGGCUGCUAGGCUACGAGUUCCCCGCGACCCUGUUCAUCAUCACGCCUGAGCUUUUCCAGAUCGUCACGACCAAGAAGAAGGCGUCGUAUCUCGAGCCCUUGAAGGGUGGCAAAGUUCCCGUUGAGAUUCUCAUUAGGGGCAAGGAUGCGGACGAGAACAAGAAGCAGUUCGAGAAAUGCCUCGACAUCAUAAAGAAGGCAGGCAAGAAGGUUGCAGUGCUCAAGAAAGAUAACGCGAGCGGUGGCUUUGCAGACGAGUGGAAGGCGGCCUUCGGAGAAGCUGGCAUCAAGGACGAGGAUCAGAUCGAGCUCGGCCCUAUCCUCUCGCAAGCGGCCAUGUCCAUCAAAGAUGCGAAGGAGCUGCGACUCAUCCGCGAUGCGUCGCGCGCAUCGAGCGCCGUCAUGAGCAACUACUUUGUCGAAGAAAUGUCCGAGAUUCUCGAUUCCGAAAAGAAGGUGUCCCACAAGGCCUUCUCCGAUAAGAUUGCGAACAAGAUCGACGAUCAGAAGUUUUUCGAGAAGCAGAAGGUGUCGAAGAACUUCGACAACAUGCAGCUGGAUUGGUGCCUGCAGCCCACAGUGCAAAGUGGCGGAAGCUACGAUCUAAAGUUCAACGCCGAACCGGACGACAACAACUUGCACGCCGGUGUCAUCGUUUCCGCGCUCGGUCUUCGCUACCACACAUACGGUGCCAUGAUUGCGCGAACCUUCAUGGUGGACCCGAACCGCGAGCAGGAGACAGCGUACAAGAUUCUCCUGUCGGUGCACGACUUGAUCAUCAAGACUAUAAAGGAUGGUGUGGUUUCGAAGGACGUCUACAGCAAGGCGCUAGAACUUUUGAAGAAAAAGAAGCCCGAGUAUGAGAAGCAUUUCCCCAAGAAUGUUGGAUACGGCAUUGGCACUGAGAACAAGGAUACGGCACUUCUUCUGAGCGGAAAGAAUACUCGCGUUCUCAAGGACGGUAUGACUUUGGUCAUUAGCACCAGCUUGCAAGAUUUGGAGAACACAAAGCCUCAGGACAAGAAGAGCAAGUCUUAUUCACUGGUGCUAGUCGACACUGUCCGCGUGGGUCCCACCGAUUGUGCCGUCUUCACAAAGGAUACCGCAUCCGAUCUCGAAAGCAUCUCAUUCUUCUUCAACGAUGAAGAAGAGGAAGAGAAGAAGCCAAAGGCAAAGAAGGAAUCCCGACCUGCCAUUGCACAAACCAACAUUACAAAAACGCGAACGCGACAUGAGCGUACGACCAACCAAGAUGCCGAGAAAGACGAGCAGCGGCGAUCGCACCAAAAGGAACUCCACCAGAAAAAGCAGCAAGCAGGUCUGGAAGAGUAUGGCGAGGAUGCGAAAGCUUUGAACGGCACCGAAGAGAAGAAAUUCAAGAAAUUCGAGUCGUACAAGCGAGACAAUCAAUUGCCAACAUCAGUCGCCAGACUGGAGAUUGUUGUCGACAAGAAGAGCCUCACUGUCAUCCUUCCCAUCAUGGGUCGACCAGUUCCUUUCCACAUUCAUACCAUCAAGAAUGCUUCCCAUACCCCGGAAGCUGACUUCACUUCCCUUCGUAUCAACUUCUUAUCUCCGGGUCAAGGUGUUGGCCGCAAAGAUGACCAGCCGUUUGAGGAUCCCAACGCACACUUCAUUCGCAGUCUGACCUUCCGCUCGCACGACAUUGAGCGCAUUGAGCAGAUCACCAAGGACAUUACCGAGCUCAAGAAGGACGUUGUCCGCCGAGAGCAGGAAAAGAAGCAGAUGGAAGAUGUCGUUGAGCAGGAUAAGCUUGUGCCUAUCAAGAACCGGAAACCCUUCAUGCUCGACAUGAUCUACCUUCGCCCCGCUCUCGACGGCAAACGUAUCCCGGGAUCUGUCGAAAUUCACCAAAACGGUCUCCGGUAUGCCCACGGCGCCGGCGGCGUCAAAGUCGACGUUCUUUUCGCCAACGUCAAACAUCUCUUCUUUCAGCCCUCGCAACAUGAGCUCAUCGUCAUCAUCCAUGUGCACCUCAAGAACCCCAUCAUGGUCGGCAAAAAGAAGACCAAGGACGUACAAUUCGUUCGUGAUGCCACGGAUAUCCAAUUUGACGAGACGGGUGCCCGCGCGAAGCGCAAGCACAAGGGUUACGGUGACGAAGAAGAGUUUGAACAGGAGCAAGCGGAGCGAAGGCAACGUGCGGCUCUUGACAAGGAAUUCAAGAACUUUGCGGAGAAGAUCGCCGAGGCGGCACGCAACGAGAACGUCAGCGUCGACAUUCCAUACCGCGAACUUGGAUUCAACGGUGUGCCCUCUCGAUCCUCCGUGCUCAUCCAGCCUACGACCGACUGCCUUGUGCAGCUGACUGAGCCCCCCUUCACCUGCAUCACGCUCAGCGAGAUCGAAAUAGUGCAUCUCGAGCGCGUGCAGUUCGGUCUUCGGAACUUCGACAUGGUCGUCGUCUUCAAAGACUACAAUCGCACGCCCGCGCACAUCAACACCAUUCCCGUGGAGUCUCUCGACCCCGUCAAGGACUGGCUCGACUCGGUCGACAUCCCCUUCUCUGAGGGCCCGCUCAACCUCAACUGGGCCACCAUCAUGAAGACGGUGACCAGCGACCCGCAUCAGUUCUUCGUCGACGGCGGGUGGUCGUUCCUUUCGACGGAAUCCGACGACGAAGACGCCGAGGAAGAGGAAGAGGAGAGCGCGUUCGAAGUGUCGGAGAGCGAGCUGGCACAGAGCGACGAAAGCAGCGAGGACGAGAGCGACUUCGAUGAGAAUGCGUCGGACGAGAUGUCGGACGAGGGCUCCGAGGACGAGUUCUCGGAGGGCGAGGACUGGGAUGAGCUUGAGAAGAAGGCGGCACGGAAGGACCGCGAGAGCGGGCUGGCGGACGAAGAGGAGGAGAAGGGGAAGAAGAAGAGGAAGAGGUAGAGUUCUUCCCGACUUCAUGAUCAACAAACGGGGAGUCAGUCGAGGUGGGAAGGAUGUGGAUGACACUGUUUUCGGUUUUGAUGCAGCUUCAUGUAAAAUUGCCGGCUUUUUCUUGCGCUGUCGGACACAUGGGUAUAGGUUCUGCUCUAUGAGAGAGAGAAGGAACGAGCGUUUGGCGUUUGAGUAGUAGCUUCGAGCUCGGGCGGGACUAUUCUAUCACAGUAGUCCGAUCAGAGCUUCCCACGUGAGAGUGAUAUGGUCUUCAGAAUACAGCUUCAUAUAUUUCGC